GGACCCACCCACAAAUCUCAAACCCACUCUGCACAUGAGUUUGCUCUCUGCCUGCCUGCCUGCUUGCCUGCCUUGUUGCUUGUUGUCGUUAUCGAAUUUGCUCUGCAGUUAGUUUCCUAGUUAGAUAAGGGCGUGUUGCAUUCACAAUUGCCCCUGCGUCUAUCAAGGUUGCAGUUAUGGCCGCUAUGGAUUUGGUGCUUAAUCCCGCCAGGUUGCAAAGCAAGCUGCCUUGCGCUGUACUAUCCGUGGCAGAGAAGCAGCAGCUGGGUAGCUCCACAACGACAAGAGUGGCGUGGUGGAAAUUGUCGUUGCAUUCUUUGUUUUUGAGGCCGCCGAGGGAGCAAUGUGGAGGAGUAUGGGAGAGCGAGCGGGGAGCGAGGUGCAGGCAAACGGUAGCCGCUAUGGCAAUGGCUGAAGGCGUGGUCGCGAAGGAGAAGGAGGAAAUGGAGAUUGGAAAGUUGCUGCGGCCUACUCCGGCAGAGGCUGCCAGGACGGUGAUGGAGACUUGCAAGGAAGGGACGUUGUCGACAUUGUCAGAGGACGGGUGGCCUCUGGGAACGGAAGUGAAGUUCGUAGUGGACAUGGAAGGGAACCCUGUGCUGCGGUUGCAACCAGGUGCACUGCAUACCCAGCACAUCUUCCAGGAUAGCAGAUGCAGUCUUCAUGUGCAGCUGGAGCAACCGGGUCGACGAAAGCCACAGUGCACAUUGCAAGGUUUUAUGCGAAAGGUUGAAGAUAUUAAGCUGAAAGAGAGGCUUGAAAUUGCAUGGGAGAGACGGUUUCCUUCAGAGAACGCAACGGAUGACGUCUUGUACAUUAUGAGUGUUGAACGGUUUUUACAAUCCCCAGACAUGGGUGAGGAGGAGAUUUGGGUUUCUGGGUCACAUUACUGGGCUGCUACAGCUGACCCAUUAAGGGAUUGUGCCAACCGCAUUGUUGAAGAUAUGAACCGGCAUCACUGGGAGGACAUUCGUCGGUUUUGCAACGUGUACGCAAAUCUAGAUGCAGAGCUGGAGGAGGCAAGCAUGACAUGGGUGGACAGGUUAGGAUUUGAUUUGCGGGUACUCACAAAAUCUCCACAAAACAUUUUAGAAAUUCGGGUCCCAUUUACUCGUGAGGUUGCAGAUGAGCGAGAUGCGCGAUCAUCUCUUACAAUCAUGGCUCAAGUAGCUUGGAAACAGGAGCGGAGUUUUACUCCCUCCGAAGUUGUGUUGACUACUGUUGAGCUGUAGUUCUGGCUCAUUUCCCACGGAAAUUUGGUUCUUGAAGUGAUUCUAGGAAGAGAUGAAAUUUUUAUUACACUGUUUAUCCAGCAUCUCUUGAGUCUACGUUCGAAACAUCAGGAGCCUUCAUUAUCAGCAUGAGCAAUUAGGAAAACGUGUAUCUGUUUAUGUUGUAUAUUUCAGAUCUUUAGUUCUGUUUGCGUCACGAUAUCCCAAUGUCCAACUCUGAAAGCAAACGAUAUCUUUAAAUGUCUGGUUCA